AUGAGUGAACGUAAAGUUAUCAACAAAUGGUAUCCACCUGACUAUGAUCCGAUCAAAGAGUCACGAAAGAAAAAACCCAAGAAGACAUCUACAGCCACACAGAAGUCACGAAUGAUGAUGCCGUUCCUGAUGCGUUGCUUACAAUGCAAUGAAUACAUUCCGGCUCAUCGAAGCUUCAACGCGAGGAAGACUGAUCUGGGAGAACUGUACCUUGGUAUUAAGAUUUACCGGUUUCUGAUUUCUUGUCCGCAAUGUAAUCAGACCAUCACUUUAAAGACAAGUCCGCAAACUGCAGAAAUGGUACCUGAUGGUGGGGGGAUUCGAAACUUCGAGCCUAAAAAGCGUCAGAAGCGCACGGCGGAAGUCAAUGGAGUAGAGACAGAGGAGGAAUUGUUUCAAAGGUUGGAACAGGAGGAUGAAGAGAAUAAAAGGUACCAGGAACUUUUGGAAAAACGCAAGCGAAACCCUUUUUGGCAAAAGGAACUAAAAGGUGAACUGGGCCUCGAGCAACGAAUCGGUCAGCAUUUGCAGCAACAGCAAAACGAGGAUGAACUAGAAGAAGUCAUGGAGAGAAUGGAUAACUUCCAGCUGAAUGCUAUCAAGUUAGCCGAAAAGGCAACCAAAAAUUCAUCUCAGAAAGUGGACGAUGAGACUUUCGAUAUACCGACAGUAUCCCAUCGUGUUACCAUCAAGAAGAAAAAACCUAUUCUCGAUCGGCAGCACACGUCAGGCAAGACCGACGCGAACGAUGGAGAACACCUGCAAGAAGAGCGUGAACAAACUACCACAUCUAUCAGCGGAAUUGUCACCGGCUACGACUCUGACUCUGAAACAGAUUCUACCUAG